AAUAAUGUGCAGUUUGUUACUGCAUGAAGUAAAUAAAACAAUAGCUUUUUAAUAACUUAAAAAUAGAUUGGUACUUAGUUGGAGAAACUGCCUAAGCUGUUAAAACGGAUUGCCAUACAGGUUUCUGUGAGGCGGCUGUUCAACAAUAACAGUUACUUCACCUCAGUCACACAUUCGCUCCGGUAAGUGACGGAUCUAUUUUCAACGGGAGGUUGGACAGAUAGAAGAGCGUCACACAGAAAGCAAAGACACUGGGGGAUAAAACACACUGUCCUCCUCUACAGUUCACGGAAUUUACCUGUUUUCACGCGGAUAUUUUCGCAUGCCAGCAUCGGAUAUUUAUGAACUUCUGCACCGGUUUAAAUCAUCUAGCUUGAGGAGAAAAAGAGAGCAGUAAUGGAUCAGAAUCUAUUUGGUGGGGUUCCACGCUUCCUAACUCGACCCAAGGCCUUCUCGCUGAGCGUGGGACGAGAUGCCUCCCUCAGUUGCACUAUUGUUGGAAACCCUGUACCUGUAGUAACCUGGGAGAAAGACAAACUGCUUCUUUCUGCAGGGGGACGCUUCAAAACAGUGGAGGAUGGUGACGUUUACCGACUUACCAUCUACGAUCUAAAUCUAGAAGACAGCGGUCAGUACAUAUGUCGUGCCAAGAACAAUGUCGGUGAGGCAUAUGCGGCUGUGACCCUGAAGGUGGGAUUGCCGGAAACUGUAAUAGAGCGUGCUCCAGUGUUUAUAGUGAAGCCUGUCUCCACCCGUGUGGGUCUAGGAGGUGAUGUUACCUUCUAUUGUCGUGUGGCAGCCCAUCCAGCACCCAACUUUGAUUGGGAAAAGGAUGGCCGCUACCUGGGUGAGACCAACCGCAUCAAGAUAACCUCCGAAAACGAAUCCAGCUCCUUGAGGAUCCAGAGCGUCAGGAGCUUGGACAGUGGUACCUACACCUGCCGUGCUCAGAACUCCAUUGGCCGCUCUCAGUCCGCCGCCACUCUGGUGGUGGACCUCCAAGAUACUCGUCUCCUGAACGCAGACAAGAGCACAUCCCUCCUCUCGCACAUGCAGAAGCGGAAAGAAGAGAUGCGGAAGGAUAUCGCUUUCUACCGCACCGUGGAAAGCUCCUCAGCCUCGCUCUCAGCAUCUUCUUCCAUGAUCACAGAGGAACUUGGAAGCUCUGGACUCGCCUAUGAUCAGGAGCAGAGGUUUUCGGCCUUAACCAGCAUGUUGCCCAAAGGCGUGUUUACCCGAACAUGCACUGUGACCGAGGGUAAACACGCAAAGCUUAGCUGUUUCGUCACAGGCCAUCCUAAACCUCAGAUCAUCUGGAGGAAGGAUGGGGGGAACAUCAGCGAGGGUCGCAGACAUGUUAUGUAUGAGGACCAGGCUGAGAAUUUCAUCCUCAAGGUGCUCUACUGCAAGCAGAGUGAUAAUGGGCUGUACACCUGCAACGCAUCCAACAUGGCUGGACAAACCUAUAGCGCUGUGCUAGUGAUUGUCAAAGAGCCAAAGAUUCCAUUCAAGAGGAAGCUGGAGGAUGUUGAGGUGAAGGAAAAGGAAACGGCAACUCUGCAGUGUGAGGUACCAGUGUCGCACACAAAGGCUAGCUGGUUUAUGGAGGAGACCCGUCUGGAGGAAAGCACCAAGUACCGCAUGGAUGCGGAGGGUACCCUGCGCCGCCUCACUAUUCACAAUGUCACCACCAACGAUGAUGCCGUCUAUAUCUGUGAGAUGAAGGAAGGCAGUCGCACUGUGGCCGAACUUACAGUGCUGGGCAACAUCACUAAAAAGCUGCCGAGGAGGACAGUGGUGCCAGUUAGCGAUACUGUGAUCUUCUGUGUGGAACUGGAGCAGCCAGUAGAUGACGCAUACUGGACCAGGAAUGGGGAGAAGCUGAAAGAGGACUCCCGAAUUAUUAUCGCCCGCAUUAACAGGCAGUACACACUGACCAUUCGUGAAUGUACCGCGGAGGACUCUGGUGAGGUGGCCUUCAUCGCCAAUGACUGUAAGACCUCCACCCGCUUCUCUGUCACAGCACCGAGGAAACACCCUCCAGAUCCCCCAGUUGAGCCAACGGUGCGGAACAAAACAGAUUCGUCGAUCACACUGUGCUGGUCUCCGCCGGACAGUGAACGGCCUGUGCCCAUAAACGGCUACAUCUUGGAGCGCAGGAAGGUUGGAGCCCAAACCUGGAUUAAAGUCACUAGUACGACUGUGUCUAGCACUGAAUAUACCAUCAGUGAAAUCUCAGAGGAGGCGAGCUAUCAGUUCCGUAUCUCAGCGGUCAAUGAUUUCGGUCAGAGUGCCUACUUGGAGGUUCCUGGUACAUUUUAUCUUGAGCCCACAGCGUCAGUGAAGACAGGCCUGGUGAGCUGCAGUGCACAUGCAGGCGAAGAAGCCACCUUCACCGUGGAGCUCUCGAGUGUUUGUUCUGGCUCCUGGACCAUAAACGACCGAAUGAUCCGCAGCGGAUCCGAGUAUCUGAUCACACGCUCAAAGACCACACACACGCUGGUCAUCAGGGAGGUGUCCAUGGCGCUGAACGGGGCACAGGUGAAGUUUGUGGGUGGCGGAUCUCAGAGCGUCUGCACACUUACUGUGAAAGCUGCACCUGCACGUUUCACCAGUAAGUCUUCUCAGGUUGAGGUAUUUACUUUCAGCAUGCACUCCUCUGCUCAGAUGCACACAGAAGUGUCCGAUUCAAGUGUCCAGGUUGUUUGGAUGAAGAAUGGGAAGGAGCUGAGGAUGGGUAAAAAAUAUGAAGCCACAAGUGUGGAGCGCAAACGCAUACUGACAGUCCACAACGUGGACCAUGAGGACGUGGGCAUCUAUGAAUGCACGUGUGAUGGCGAUAAAAUGUCUGUCCAACUUGCCCUUAAAGAAGAACCAGCUAAGUUUGUUAACAAGCCGAGGGCUCAGCCCCAGGAGAGUGACGCUCUGGUGGGUGACGUGGUGUUGAGAUGUGAGGUUGCUUCUCCUGGAACCGCUGUUGUGUGGAAGAAAGAACAGACAGAAAUAACGGAGGACACGAGGACAACUUUUAUCUCUCAGGGGACGCAAAGGAAGCUGGUCAUCAGGGGUGCCAAACAGAGCGAUGAAGGACACUACUCGUGUGAGACGGCAGAGGACAAAAUGACAUUCCUGGUCAAGAUAAAAGAAACUCGGGCUGCUUUCUCCAACAAAGACUCUUAUCAGAAAGAGGUGAAGGUAUCAACAUCCCAGAAGGCCACACUAAGCUGUGAAGUUUCGGAUGCCAAAACUGAGGUGAAAUGGUUCAAGGAUGGCAAGCAGUUGAGCUCCAGUAAGACGGUCCACAUGGAGUCAAAGGGCAAGAGCCGUCAGCUGGUGCUGGAGAACGUGGAGAAGAAGGAUGCUGGAGAAUAUACCUGUGAAGUUGGAAAUGAGAAACUGGUCUUUAAGAUUCGGGUGGAAGACAUUCAAGCCGCCUUCGCCAACAAGGACUCCUAUCAGAAGGAAGUGAAAGUUUCAGCCUCCCAAAAAGCCACACUGAGCUGUGAGGUUUCUGACCUCAAGACUGAGGUGAAAUGGUUCAAGGAAGGCAAGCAGUUGAGCUCCAGUAGGACCGUCCACAUGGAGUCAAAGGGCAAGAGCCGUCAGCUGGUGCUGGAGAAUGUGGAGAAGAAGGAUGCUGGAGAAUAUACCUGUGAAGUUGGGAAUGAGAAACUGAUUUUUAAGAUUCGGGUGGAAGACAUUCAAGCCGCCUUCUCCAACAAGGACUCCUAUCAGAAGGAAGUGAAAGUUUCAGCCUCCCAAAAAGCCACACUGAGCUGUGAGGUUUCUGACCUCAAGACUGAGGUGAAAUGGUUCAAGGAAGGCAAGCAGUUGAGCUCCAGUAAGACGGUCCACAUGGAGUCAAAGGGCAAGAUCCGUCAGCUGGUGCUGGAGAACGUGGAGAAGAAGGAUGCUGGAGAAUAUACCUGUGAAGUUGGAAAUGAAAAACUGAUUUUUAAGAUUCGGGUGGAAGACAUUCAAGCCGCCUUCUCCAACAAGGACUCCUAUCAGAAAGAAGUAAAAGUUUCAGCUUCCCAAAAAGCCACACUGAGCUGUGAGGUUUCUGACCUCAAGACUGAGGUGAAAUGGAUCAAGGAAGGCAAGCAGUUGAGCUCCAGUAAGACCGUCCACAUGGAGUCAAAGGGCAAGAUCCGUCAGCUGGUGCUGGAGAACGUGGAGAAGAAGGAUGCUGGAGAAUAUACCUGUGAAGUUGGAAAUGAGAAACUUGCUUUUAAGAUUCAGGUGACAGAUGUUCAAGCUGCCUUUACCAACAAGGACUCUUAUCAGAAGGAAGUCAAAGUUGCUGCUUCCCAAAAAGCCACACUGAGCUGUGAGGUUUCUGACCUCAAGACUGAGGUGAAAUGGUUCAAGGAUGGCAAGCAGUUGAGCUCCAGUAGGACCGUCCACAUGGAGUCAAAGGGCAAGAGCCGUCAGCUGGUGCUGGAGAACGUGGAGAAGAAGGAUGCUGGAGAAUAUACCUGUGAAGUUGGAAAUGAGAAACUUGCUUUUAAGAUUCAGGUGACAGACAUCCAAGCCGCCUUCUCCAACAAGGACUCCUAUCAGAAGGAAGUGAAAGUUUCAGCCUCCCAAAAAGCCACACUGAGCUGUGAGGUUUCUGACCUCAAGACUGAGGUGAAAUGGUUCAAGGAUGGCAAGCAGUUGAGCUCCAGUAAGACCGUCCACAUGGAGUCAAAGGGCAAGAGCCGUCAGCUGGUGCUGGAGAACGUGGAGAAGAAGGAUGCUGGAGAAUAUACCUGUGAAGUUGGAAAUGAGAAACUUGCUUUUAAGAUUCAGGUGACAGUAUUGACUUUCUCUAUCUCAAAACUGCCUUCACCAACAAAGGACUCCUAUCAGAAAGAAGUGAAAGUUUCAGCCUCCCAAAAAGCCACACUGAGCUGUGAGGUUUCUGACCUCAAGACUGAGGUGAAAUGGUUCAAGGACGGCAAGCAGUUGAGCUCCAGUAAGACCGUCCACAUGGAGUCAAAGGGCAAGAUCCGUCAGCUGGUGCUGGAGAACGUGGAUAAGAAGGAUGCUGGAGAAUAUACCUGUGAAAUUGGGAAUGAGAAACUGCUCUUUAAGAUUCAAUUGGAAGAUGUCACUACUAAAUUCCAGAAGACAUCCGUGACAAAAGAAACUGUGAUGGUCGAGUCAACAGAGAAGGUUGUCUUAAAAACUGAGGUGAUGUCAGAGAGUUGUAGUGUUAAGUGGUUCAGGGAUGGAGUGGAACUAAAAGAUGGAUCAAAGUAUGAGAUGAAACAGGAAGGUCGCUCGCGUGUCCUAAUCGUUAAGUCUUCUGAAUCCAAAGACAGUGGCACUUACUUCUGUCAGACCGCUGAUGACAAGGUGGAGUUCAAGGUUCAGGUCAAAGAGGCACCUUUAAAAUUUGUGGUGCCAUUGCAGCCGGUAUCUGCAGUACUAGAAAGCACCAUGACCCUUUCCUGCGGCCUCAACAAAGCCACAAGUAAUGUCCUCUGGAGGCAUAACGGCAAAGAAAUCAAACCGGGUGGCAGAUUCAGCAUCCGCACUGAUAGCACCAACUGUAUCUUGAUUGUCUCUGCUGUGGCUCAGGAGGAUGAAGGGGAGUACAGCUGCGAAUGCAAAGACGACAAGACCACCACCAAAGUCACCACUAAAGCCCCACGUCUGGUGAGGUUCACUACCAAGCUGAACAAUGUUGUUGCAAAUGAAGGCAAAGAAGCCAUUUUCAAAUGCUCUAUCACACCAGCCGAUGUGAGUGUCAGAUGGCUGCGUAAUGACGUUCCUAUAACAGCUAGUCCCAAAUUUAAGAUCGCUCACGGAGGAAGCAGCCACUCCCUCACCAUCACAGCCGUCACUCAGGAGGACGCAGGAGAGAUCAGUAUCGAUGCAGAGGGGAAAGUGUGCAAAGCCACACUCCAAGUACAACAGCUUCCUGUGACCUUCAAGAAGAAGCUUGCAGAUGUGACUGUGCAGGAGCAGGACACAGUUCGGUUGGAAGUGGAGCUGAGUAAACUCUCAUCAGAUGUGAAGUGGAUGAAGAAUGGAGUGGUUUUACAGCAAGGAGGAAAUCUGGAGAUUCAUGUGGAUGGUGCCAAGCAGACUUUGGUCCUCAAGAGUGUGGCAUAUGCUGACAGAGGAUAUUACUCAUGUGAAACCCUAGAUGACAAGACCCAGGCCAAACUGACAGUAGAGAUUAAGAAGAUUCAGGUAGUAAAAGGCCUGAAAGAAAUGAAAGUACAAGAAAAAGAGACUAUCACCAUGGAGGUGGAGCUCAGCAAGGCUGAUGUAGAAGGAUCCUGGAGCAAAGAUGGAAUGAAACUGAAGGCAGGACCCAAUAUCAUCAUUACAGCACUGGGCAACAAGCACAGUCUGACUAUGUCCCAGCUGAAGAUAAGUGAUGGUGGAGCUAUUACCUUUCAAGCUGAGGAUGUCCAUACGUCUGGAAAACUUAUUGUUACAGAACCGGCUGCGAAGAUCCUCAAACCUCUACGGGAUAUCAGUUCUCCUGAAAAGGAAAAAGUCACUUUUGAAUGUGAAGUGUCAAGAGCAAAUGCUGAUGUCAAGUGGUUUAAGGAUGAUGAGGAACUGAAGCCAGGAAGGAAAUUUGGCAUUCAAUCCCAGGCCAACAAGCGCACCCUCCUCAUCCACAAGUGCGCGUUUGAGGACCAGGGCCAGUAUAUAUGUAAAACAACAGAUGACAAUACUUCAGCCAAGCUCACUGUUCAUGCCCGAGAUAUUAAAAUAGUGAAGCCACUGCAGGACAUGGAGGUGACAGAGAAGGAGAGCGCAACGUUUGUUUGUGAGGUGUCUCACGAUGAGGUAGAGGCUCAGUGGCACAAAGGUGAUGCCAAACUCAAAGCUGGAGACAACAUCAAGAUGAGGCAGGAGGGAAGAACAUACGUACUACUCUUCAAAUCUGUAAAGGCUGAGGAUGCUGGUGAAAUCAAGUUCACAGCUGAGAAGGCCUCUUCAACCGCUAAACUGAAGGUUAAAGAACUGCCUGUCAGAUUUGUGAAGAAACUGAGAGACAAAAUUGCCAUGUAUAAACACCGCGCAUACUUAGAGUGUCAGGUGUCACGGGCCAGCGCGAAAGUCACAUGGUACAAGAACAAGUCGGAGCUCAGACCCAGCAAGAAGCAUGAGAUCACCAGUGAGGACAUCUACAGGAAGCUCACCAUUAUCGACGUGGACUCUGAUGAUGAAGACACAUACAUGUGUGACGCCAUUGAUGAUAAGACUUCAUGUCAGCUACUUGUAGAGGAGCAAGCUAUCAGUAUAGUACGGGAGUUGAGUUCUGUGGAGGUGACCGAGCCAUUUGCCGCCCACUUUGAGGUUGAAGUCAGUGUGGAGACAGUCAAGCCAGUGAAAUGGAUGCUAAAUGGGGAACAGCUGAAGGAGAGCGCGGAUAUCGAGAUGGAGAAAGAGGGAACCAUGCAUCGCCUCACUUUUAAGAAGACCAAGGCCUCCAUGUCAGGCCCGGUACAGUUCACAGCCGGAAAGAGCAAAUCAACAGCGGAUCUGAAAGUGAAAGAGCGUCCCAUUGAAGUCCUUGAGCCUCUCAAGGAUGUGUCAGCCAAGGAGAAGACUUCCACCACACUGUGCUGCAAGUUCUCUGCCCCACCAAAAGAAGUGCAGUGGUUUAAGGGUCAAACUGCUUUGGAAGCUUCUAGCAAGUACAGCAUGAAGCAAAAGGACGCCAACGUGCAGCUGAUUAUACAAGCUUUGAGUGCAGAGGACUCUGGAGAGUAUCGCUGUCAGGUCGGGGUGUGUGAGAGCAAAGCCGUUCUCAAAGUAGAAGUGCGUAAAAUCCAGAUCACCAAACAUCUAAAAGAUGUGGAGGUGGAUGAAGAUGGUGAUGCUGUAUUCACUUGUGAGGUUAACUAUGCUGAUGAAGAAGUCCAAUGGACGCUCAAUGACAAGCUGCUUUUCAACAAUGAAGUCAAUGCCAUCACCCAUGUGGAUAAGACCCACACCCUCACUCUCAAGAACCUUGCACCUGAGGAUGGUGGGAAGGUGUCAUUCAGCAUUAGGGAUGUAAAAGAAACAGUAUGCCUGAAGGUCAAAGAAAAGAAAGCUGUCUUCCUGAAGUUGCUAGAUGAUGUAGUUGCAGAGGAGAAGGGUACAGUUACCCUUAAGUGUGAAGCCUCAAAGCCCAGAGUGGCCCCUGUGUGGCGCAAAGAUGGUACAGUCUUGUCGGCAGGCAAAAAGUAUGAGCUACUCCAUGAUGGUAAGUCCUUGGGACUGACUAUCCAUGAUGUCAUGCAAGCUGACGCCGGGGAGUACAGCUGUGAUCUUGGCACAGACCUCUCCAAGUCCAAGGUCACUGUUAGAGAUAUCCACAUCGGGAUUACCAAGCGGCUUAAGUCGAUAGAGGCCAAAGCAGGUGAAAACUGCACAUUUGAGUGUAUCUUGUCCCGGGAAAGCUCAGAGAAGUGCUCCUGGAGCCUAAAAGGCCAACCUGUCACUGAUGGAGGCCGUUUCCAGAUAAGCAGCAAAGGGCGCAAAUAUACCUUAACAAUCAAAUCAGUCUCAGCUUCUGAUUCUGGUGAGGUGGUCUUCACUCUCAAAGAUUUGAGCUCGAAGGCAACACUUUCUAUUGAGGGUGAAGCUCCUACCAUAUCUAAAGAGCUUCAGGGUGUUACUGCCAAAAUUGGUGAAGAUGCCACAUUCUCCUGUGAACUUUCUCAACCUGGACUGGAAGUGAAGUGGUCCAAGGAUGGCAAGUCUAUCAGAAAGAGCCAAAAAUAUGAAAUCAGUCAGGAGCAGAUGCUCAUAAAACUGACUAUCCGCAACGUCACUGACAAAGACUCUGGAGAAUACAGCUGCGAGGUCACCGGUGGUCCAACCUCCAAGGCUAAACUGGAGAUCAAAGAAUUGGCCAACAAAUUCAUUCGUGAGCUAAAGGAUGUCAGUGCAGAAGAGAAUAGUGCCAUUUCCUUUGAAUGUGAAACCGCCCAACCUGCCGGUAAAGUCACCUGGCUGAAAGGAACAAAGGAGAUCAAGGCUGGAGGAAGGUAUGAGCUGACGCAGAGGGGAACCAUCCUCAUCCUCAAUGUGAAGGAUCUGGAGAAGAGUGACAGCGAGGUAUACACCUGUGACAUUGGCUCUACAAAGAGUACAGCCAAAUUGACAGUGAAAGUGGUGCCUGCCAGGUUCAAGGGGCAGAUGAAGAACCAGCAGGUUACCGAAGGCGGGAAAGUCUUACUUUCCUGCGAGCUCUCAAAACCUGGCUGCCAAGUGCAAUGGAAGAAGGGAACUAAAAGUCUGAAACAUGGGGGAAGAUAUCAGAUAACGCAGAGGGACACCAUGUUUGAGCUACAGAUUUCAGACUUAGUGGCUGAGGACAGUGGAGAAUAUUCCUGUGAAUGUGGAAACGAGAAAACAACAGCAAAUGUUGUUGUCAGUGCAUUACCAGUGGUCUUCAAGCAUGAGCUACAGAGCCAAGAGUGUGAAGAAGGAGACAGUGUUACUCUUCAUUGUGAACUCUCAAAACCUGGAGUUCCAGUUGUUUGGAAGAAAGGAACGCAAGUGCUCCAUUCUGGGGAAAAGUACCUCAUCAAGCAAGAUGCAGCUACUUUAGAGUUGAAGAUUGUUGACCUCAAACCUGAAGAUGCUGGACAAUACACAUGUUUGUGUGGUGACAAAAAAACUACGGCAAACAUUAAGAUCAAGGCAUUACCACUGAUCUUCAAACGAGAACUACAGAACCAGGAGUGUCAAGAGAUGGACAGUGUUACUCUUCAGUGUGAGCUUUCCAAACCAGGAGUGCCUGUGGUUUGGAGGAAAGGAACUCAGGUGAUCCAUUCUGGAGAGAAAUACCACAUCAAGCAAGUUGGGUCUACUUUCGAGCUGAAGAUCACCGAUGUCAAACCUGAAGAUGCUGGAGUCUAUAGUUGUGAUUGUGGGUUUAACAAAACCUCAUCUACCAUUACCGUCAAUGCAUUACCAGUGGUCUUCAUACAUGAGCUACAGAACCUAGAGUGUGAUGAAGGAGGCAGUGCUACCCUGUCCUGCGAGCUUUCCAAACCUGGCAUCUCUGUGCAGUGGAAAAAAGGAAGCCGUGUUAUCCAGUCUGGAGGAAAGUACACCAUCAGGCAGAUUGCCUCAAAGGUGGAGCUGAAGAUCACUGAUCUCAAACGUGAAGAUGAAGGAGACUACACAUGUGUAUGUGGAGACAAGACAACCACAGCCAAUAUGAAGAUCAAGGCUCUAAAGUUCAUCAGUUCUACUGCUGCCCCUGAAACAAUCUUCCAGAAACAGAAAGAGAAACAUGCAGAGCUCAGUGCUCGCCCAGUUCAGUUUACACAAGAACUGCUAAACCAAGCAUGUGAUGAAGAUGGCAGUGUUACUCUGCACUGUGAACUCUCAAAACCUGGAGUUCCUGUAAUUUGGAGGAAAGGAACACAGAUGAUCCACUCUGGAGGGAAGUACCUCAUGAAACAAGUUGGCGCUACUGUUGAGUUGAAGAUCAUUGAUGUUAAACCUGAAGAUGCUGGAAACUAUGCUUGUGAUUGUGGAGACAGCAUCACCACUGCUAACAUCAAAGUCAAUGCAUUACCAGUGGUUUUCAAGCGUGAGCUACAGAAACAAGAGAUUCAAGAGGGGGACAGUGUUACUUUGCACUGUGAACUCUCAAAACCUGGACUGCCUGUGGUUUGGAGGAAAGGAACUCAGGUGAUCCACUCUGGAGGGAAGUACCUCAUCAAACAAGUUGGCUCUACUGUUGAGCUGAAGAUCACUGAUGUCAAACCUGAAGAUGCUGGAGAUUAUGUUUGUGAUUGUGGAGACAACAUCAGCACCGCUAUCAUCAAAGUCAAUGCAUUACCAGUGAUCUUCAAGCAUGAGCUACAGAACCAAGAGAUUCAAGAGGGGGACAGUGUUACUUUGCACUGUGAACUCUCAAAACCUGGAGUACCUGUGGUUUGGCGGAAAGGAGCACAGGUGAUUAAUUCUGGAGGGAAGUACCUCAUCAAGCAAGUUGGCGCUACUGUUGAGUUGAAGAUCAUUGAUGUUAAACCUGAAGAUGCUGGAAACUAUACUUGUGAUUGUGGAGACAGCAUCACCACUGCUAACAUCAAAGUCAAUGCAUUACCAGUGAUCUUCAAGCAUGAGCUACAGAACUUAGAGAUUCAAGAGGGGGACAGUGUUACUUUGCACUGUGAACUCUCAAAACCAGGAGUGCCUGUGGUUUGGAGGAAAGGAACACAGGUGAUUAAUUCUGGAGGGAAGUACCUCAUAAAGCAAGUUGGCGCUACUGUUGAGUUGAAGAUCAUUGAUGUUAAACCUGAAGAUGCUGGAAACUAUACUUGUGAUUGUGGAGACAGCAUCACCACUGCUAACAUCAAAGUCAAUGCAUUACCAGUGGUUUUCAAGCGUGAGCUACAGAAACAAGAGAUUCAAGAGGGGGACAGUGUUACUUUGCACUGUGAACUCUCAAAACCUGGAGUGCCUGUGGUUUGGAGGAAAGGAACUCAGGUGAUACACUCUGGAGGGAAGUACCUCAUCAAACAAGUUGGCUCUACUGUUGAGCUGAAGAUCACUGAUGUCAAACCUGAAGAUGCUGGAGAUUAUGUUUGUGAUUGUGGAGACAACAUCAGCACUGCUAUCAUCAAAGUCAAUGCAUUACCAGUGGUCUUCAAGCGUGAGCUACAGAACCAAGAGAUUCAAGAGGGGGACAGUGUUACUUUGCACUGUGAACUCUCUAAACCUGGAGUGCCUGUGGUUUGGAGGAAAGGAACACAGGUGAUCCACUAUGGAGGAAAGUACCUCAUCAAGCAAGUUGGGGCUACUGUUGAGUUGAAGAUCAUUGAUGUUAAACCUGAAGAUGCUGGAAACUAUACUUGUGAUUGCGGAGACAGCAUGACAACUGCCAACAUCAAGGUUAACGCUUUCCCAGCCAUCUUCACAAAAGAGAUGCAGAACCAGACAGCUAUUGAAGGAGAGAGCAUCAUCUUCCAAUGUGAGCUCUCCAAACCUGCAGUUCCUGUGGUUUGGAGGAAAGGAACUCAGGUGAUCCACUCUGGAGGAAAGUAUCUUAUCAAACAAGUUGGCUCUACUGUUGAGUUGAAGAUCACUGAUGUCAAACCUGAAGAUGCUGGUGACUAUGCUUGUGAUUGUGGAGACAGCAUUACAACUGCCAAUGUCAAGGUUAACGGUAGGAGAAGACCCAACUGCUCCAUGAAUUCUUCUUUGAAAUGCAUUGUCACUUUCACCCUGUUAACCUGUUGGUGUACUUUAAGGCCUUUGUGUUGUCUUAGACUUACUUGUCUGGAAAAUAUUAUAACUCUACAUAUGGAAUUAAAUAUCUUAAAUCUUAUACCGCUCUUUGAAUUGUCAGCACUUCCAGCCAUCUUCACACAAGCACUGAAGAACCAAACAGCUGUUGAGGGAGAGAGCAUUAGCUUCCAGUGUGAGCUCUCCAAAGCAGACAUUCCAGUUGAGUGGCGCAGGGGUGAAAUUGGCCUAUGCCCCUGUGCUAAAUAUGAAUUCAAGCAAGAUGGUCACCAUGCCCAACUUGUCAUACAUGACCUUGAACCUGAGGACUCUGGUGACUAUAUUUGUGACACCGGAGAACGCCAAAGCAUUGCAUAUUUGGAGGUUAAGGCACUGCCAGUUCUUUUCAAAUCAUCUCUGAAAGAUUUGGAAACUGAGGCUGGGGAAAAUGCAGUGUUUCGAUGUGAACUUGCGAAACCUGGAGCCAAAGUCAUCUGGAGGAAGGACAAGAGUGUAAUAGAAGCAAGCAACAAAUGUCAGCUGAAGCAAGAUGGAGCUGUUGUUGAGCUUAUUAUUUACAAGCUGCAGGGAGGAGAUUCUGGAGAAUACUCGUGUGAGACAGAACAUGAUCGGACAUCUGCCAAACUCGCCGUGAAGGAACCUGAAAUCAUGAUCUUAACUGGCUUGAAGAGCUGCAUUGUCAAUGAAGGCGAGGACGUUCAUUUUGAAUGCCUCGUCUCUCAUGAUAAUGCACUCAUUGUUCAGUGGACACUGCAAGAUGUUCCACUACAGAACAAUGAGAUGAAUGAAAUCCGAAUGGAAGGCAAAAGGCACACACUCACACUAAGAAGUGUCACCCAGAAAGACUCAGGCACGGUGUCCUUCCAUGUUGGUGCCCACACUUCUUUUGCUUGUCUUACAGUCAGAGAAAUCCCAGUGCUAUCAUUUUCGAAGGAGUUGACAAGCCAGGAAGUCACAGAGGGAGGCAGCGCCUCAUUAUGUUGUGAAACUUCAAUCCCUUGUGCCAACGUGACCUGGAAGAAGGGCACUCAGGUCCUAUCUGAUGGAAAGAAGUAUUUCAUAAAGAGGGAUGGCACAAUCCAAACCUUGGAGAUCCAUAAGUUAUCAGUGGAAGAUGGUGGCGAGUACAUAUGCGAGGCAGGAGACAAACGAAGCAAAGCCACAUUAACCGUCAAAGAAUGUGUAAAAAUCACACGAGAAUUAAAGGAUGUGACUGUGAUAACGGGCGAGGAUGCUAUUUUCCGGUGUGAGGUGUCCCAAACAGGGGUUACGAAUGUCGAGUGGUGGCUCGGAUCCAACCACCUUCAAAACAAUGACUUAAAUCAAAUCAGCUGCCAAGGAAGGGAACACAGCCUAGUGCUGAAAAUGGUCACACCCGAUGAUUCAGGUGAUGUAGCCUUUGUGGUUGGCCCUGAGAAGAGUGUCGCCUACUUGAUGGUGCAGGAGAAACCCAAAGUCGUAUUCUUAGAGAAGCCUCUGGACUUAACUGCCAAAGAGGGUCAAACAGUCACACUGUCCUGCAUGACUUCCGACCCUGAGGCCUCUGUUGCCUGGUACAAAGACCAGGAGAUGAUAAAGGCAGGGGGCAGGUAUCUGCUCUACAAGGAUAGAGCCGUCCAUCAGCUCCGCAUCCUUAGGGUGGAGGAAGGGGAUGCAGGGGUGUAUACGUGCAAAACCAAAGAUGCAGAAAGCUGCGCCACCCUUACUGUAAAAGGUCAACCUGCGUACUUCCAGAAGGAGUUAGAGAACCAGAAUGCAAUUGAGGGAGAUAGUAUCACAUUGCGCUGUGAACUCUCUAAACCAGUUAAAAGUGUAGAGUGGAGAAAAGGUGGAGUGGUGCUCCAACCCAGUAAGAAAUUUGAGAUGAAAAAGGAAGGAUGUGUGCUGGAGCUUCAUGUCCAUGAUCUGGAACCAGAGGACAAUGGCUACUACACUUGUGAUGCUGGAGACCAGUUGACCACAGCAUCAGUCACAGUGCAAGAGGCUGAGGUCCUCAUAGUCUCGGGUAUAAAGAAUACAGAUGUGUUUGUGGGCGAACAGGCAAUUUUCUCCUGCCAGCUCUCUCGCCGUGCCAAAGGCAGAGUUCAGUGGUGGCUAGAUGGCACUCGUUUGGAGAACAGUACCUUCAGUGAAAUAAGUGUGGGUGAAGACCAUGUCCACACUCUCACUCUAAGGAACCUUUCUCCCAAUGAUUCGGGUACAGUCCUGUUCAAAACAGGUGGCCUGACAUCCUCCGCCAAACUGUUAGUGAAAGAUCCCAAUGUGGAGGUGGUCAGUGCCAUGGAGGACCAACAUGUAGCAGAGAGCCAGCCUGCAGAGUUCAUCUGUCAGUACUCCAGGCCAGUCAAGGCUAUAUGGAAGCGAAACGGCAUACCUGUGCGAGCAGACGGUCGCAGGGUAAUAGUGGAACAGGACUGGACUGUUGCGAGGUUGUACAUUAGCUGUGUGGAGCCUCAGGAUGGGGGGAUGUACUCCUGUGAGGCAGAAGGAACUUCUGUUGUGGCACAUCUCAGGGUGCAAGCUAAACCCAUUGACAUUCUCCAAGAGCUGAGUAACGUGGAGACCAUUAAUGGUGGGGAAGCACUUUUUGAAUGCUCCUUGUCACGUCCUGAAACCAAAGACUGCCGGUGGUUAAUCGAUGGCAAGCCUGUAAAGGAGUCGGCAAAUGUGGAGAUUGUUUCCUUUGAGAGUGGCCGACGACAUCUUCUGCUCUUAAAGGACUUGCAUCCUUGUGAAAACACAAGGGUUACAUUCCAAGCUGGCACUUCAUCAACUACUGCUCUUCUGUCUGUCAAAGCUUGGCAACUGGAGGUGGUCAAGCCUUUGGAAGAUAAGACUGCCAUUGCAGGAGAACAAGUUGAGUUCACUUGUGCUUUGAAUGAAGCUGUGCCUGAGAGUGAAGUGACUUGGUAUGCAAAUGGUGUUGAGCUUCAACAUAAUGACCAAUGGGCCAUGAGAGCCAGUGGCUCUUCCUACAGCCUCAUUUUGAAGAAAGCCCAGGCUCGGCCCACACAGGAAAUCACAUUUGCAGCUCGGGAUGCAUUAUCAUUGGCCAAACUCAUCACAAUUGCUGUGCCUGAUCCCCCUGAAGACCCAGAGUUGGUGAGUAAAGGCCCAACAUUCGUUACCUUGUCUUGGUUCACCCCUCUCAGUGAUGGAGGAAGCCCAAUCAUUGGUUACCGUGUGGAAAUGCGUCUAGUGGACAGUGUCCUCUGGCUUCCCUGCCACACAGAACCAGUGUGCAACACUGAAUUUCUGGUUGAAAACCUCAUACCGGGAGCAGGUUACAGAUUCAGAGUGGCAGCCAUUAACCGUGCUGGCAUUGGAGAGCCUGUCCAGCUGCCUCAAACCGUGACGCUCGAUGCACCAGUGACCAUGACCAAAAUGUUAACCUGCUCUGAGCUCCAAAAAGGAAAGAUGGUUCGUUUGGAGUGUGAACUUUCUGCAGAGAGUAAAUCAGUCACAUGGCUCAAGGACGACAGAGAGAUAGAGGCUGGGGCCAAGUACCAAGAGUUAGCCGAGGGCAAGAGCCAAGUUUUGCUCAUUAAGGAUUUCCAGUCUACAGACCAGGGUGUCUAUUGUUGUGUAGCCUCAGAUGAGGCAAAAACUUCAAUCAACCUCAACCUCGAAGAUGACACAACACUUUCUCAGGAUGCAGGCAGCCAACCCAAACUGCCUCCUGAGGCUGCUUCAGAGGGAGAUUUACACGCUUUGUGGGAGGCAGUGGCCAAGAAGAGGAGAAUGAGUCGGGAACCUACAUUAGAUUCAAUUUCCGAAUUGCCAGAAGAAGAUGGAAAAGAAAAGGUGCAAAGCAAAGAAGGAAAUGUAACUGAAAAAGAAGUGAAAGAGAAAGAGAGAUCUGUUGAGCCAGCUCCCAAAAUCACAGCAGAGCCUAAUCUCUAUACCAGUUCUGAUGAGGAAUCUCUCAGUGGGACAACAAGCUUGGUGUCUUACCUUAAGAAAAGCAGCAAGUCUUCCAUGACUGUGGAGAGUCACACUGAGACCACUGCCUCCAAGAAACUGUAUGAGCACUUUCAGAUGACUGAGCAAUCUGUUACAAAGACAUCUGUGGAGCCAGUCAUGGAAGCUCAGAAUGGGGAUGAGUUGCAGGAUGCUGCUGUCAAGAUUCAGGCAGCCUUCAAAGGUUAUAAAGCCAGGAAGGACAUGCGACCAGUCUUCAAAGAAGUAUUCAAAGAGCAGACUAAGGAGCCCAAUGGGACAAUUCAUCUUGAGUGCAUUGUGGAGGGUAAGCCAGAUAAAGUUCGCUGGCUAAAGGAUGGUGAACCCUUAAUAGAUGGCAAGCACCACCAUAUUGACAUCUAUAAUGAUGGUACCUGCUCUCUAGUAGUGACAGCUGCCACAACCAAAGACACAGGUGUAUAUACUUGUGAAGUCACCAAUAAGUUUGGCAUUUCCACCCAUAGUGGUAAAGUCACCAUAGGGUCAAUGCGGGAAUCUUCUGGGCGACGACCCCUCACUCUGGGCUACAGUGCAGAUAGUGAAGCUGAGAGCUCCUCAGGCAGUGAGAUGGAUGAGACUUUACGUCAGGCAAGUAAACGGUUGCGGCGACUUUUUCGUACUCGCCUUCCUCCGGAUGUGGAGGAGGAACCUUUUGUGAGUGCGGAUGAAGGAGAUUUACCUCCACCAGAUCUACAGUCUUACCGGGAAGACGAUCAGUAUAUCUAUAUCCGCUUUGAUAAUCGUGCAGAAGCUCAAGUGGCUUCCCAGCGCUUCCAGGAAAUGUUUACUUUUCAAGGAGUACCCAUUGAAACGGCCAUCAUAGCAGCAGCAGGUUCUAAGGUAGAGCUGCGUAUCACAAAGAUGAGCCUCUCCCAAGAUGGCUCCCAAACCCCAACUCAGGACCGACCGAUGCCUGCUUUCAUGACGGGAACCCCUGCGGCCCCCGUCUUCCUGACGGAGCUUCGUAGCCAGGAUGUUCCUGAUGGAUUUCCAGUCAGUUUUGACUGCGUAAUUGUCGGCAAACCCUCUCCCACUGUGCGAUGGUUCAAGGAUGGAAAGCUGUUGGAGGAAAAUGACCACUACAUGAUCAAUGAAGACCAGGAAGGCCGUCACCAGCUGAUCAUCACAGCUGUGCUCCCCACAGAUAUGGGCGUAUAUCGAUGCAUGGCUGAAAAUGACAGUGGCAUCGCCUCCAGCAAGGCUGAGCUGAGAGUGGACAUGUCCUGCAGCUCAGAUUAUGACACAGCAGCUGAUGCCACAGAGACUUCUUCCUAUGUCAGUGCCAAAGGCUAUGUGUCAAGCUCGGAGCACAGGGACACCGAGGCUUUUGAGUCGGUGGCAGAGGACGAGCAGCUUCCUCAGGUUGUGGAUGAGUUACAUGAUUUAUUCCUCAGUCCUGGAGCACCCAUUGCCAAAAUGAGUGUUAGGGUCAAAGGAUUUCCCACACCAAGAGUUUACUGGUUCAAAGAUGGCACCCCACUUCAAGCCUCCAGCAGAAUUGUAUUGUCGACCGAGCGAGAUCAGCACAGUCUUGAGAUUUUGGAUGUUAAGCGUGAGGACACCGGAGAAUACUCAGCAUACAUUAGCAAUAUAGCUGGAUCUGCCUACUCUUCAGCACGACUGAAUGUACUGGCUCCUGGAGAGCGGCCAGCACCUGACCAGGGACGAAUGAGAGAUUCAAAGGUGCCACUUGUGCCACCACGCUUCCUGGAGAGGUUCAGCAACAAGAAGGUGAAACAGGGAGCAAGUAUAACCCUGUCAGUCAAAGUGGAAGGUUCCCCAACCCCAUCUGUGAACUGGUUAAAGGAAGUGUCGGAUAAGGAUGUUUUGUGGAUCAAGGCAGACACACCAGGUUACAAGGUGGCCAGCUCUGGUCGUCAACAUAGUCUAAUCCUCAUGGAAGUGGAAAAAAAACAUAGUGGCAUGUACACUUGCAUUGCCACCAACCGUGCUGGACAGUCGGUUAACACAGCCCGGCUGGAUGUGGAGACAGCACCGGAGCAAAAGAGCAAAGUUGGGGCAGAGGUUCUAGGAAUUACCGUUAGCCCACCGGAGGAAGCGGGCAAAGGGGAGGUCAAACUACCUUACCUGGGUGAAGUGGGUACAGAGGAAUUCUUACAAAAACUCACAACCCAAAUCACUGAAAUGGUAUCUGCCAAGUUCACUCAAGCUACAUUACGUGUCCCAGGAGCUGACAGUGAUGAUGAUACAAAAACACCAUCACCAUCUCCAUAUCACGGCCGAUCACGCCCUCCAUCUCUGAUCGCGGACUCAUCGUCUGAAUCGGAUGAAGGAGAUGCCAGGGGAGAGAUGUUUGAUAUCUACGUGGUGACAGCUGAUUACAACCCCAUGGGUGUCAGUAAAGAUACCAUCGCUCUGAAAGAGGGCCAGUAUGUGGAGGUUCUGGACUCCGCCCACCCACUCAAAUGGCUGGUCCGCACCAAGCCUACCAAAUCCAACCCGUCUCGCCAGGGAUGGGUCUCACCUGCAUAUCUUGACAAAAGACUGAAGCUGUCUGCAGACGUAACAGACGUCCCAGAGACCACCAGAGAGGAAGUCACCGAGACAGAGUACAAGAAGAAACUCUGUCAACUUGUUCAGGAGCUGAUCAACACAGAGACCGAGUUUCUGAAGGAGAUUGAGUUCGUCACAUCACACCAUCUGAAGCGUGUGGACGAGGAGAGCACACCACCUGAUAUCACCAGCCAGAAGGAAACCAUCUUCCGUAAUAUCAGUGAUUUGAAAUCCUUCCACAGCAGCUCUUUGCUGCCUGGUUUGCGCGAUUGUGACACGGAUGAUGACAUUGCCAUGCAUUUCUUGAGAAACUCUGAAGGUUUUGAGAAAUAUCUGCAGUAUCUCAUUGGACAGUCACAGGCUGAGUCUGUCAUCAGUGAUAAAGAAGUGCACCAAUAUUUCAAGAAUUAUUCAGACUCAGAGUUGGCAAAUGUUGACACCUCAGAGGGUCCGGUGCUCAGCAUCAAUGCUUACCUUCAGAAACCACCAGAGAGAAUUCAAAAGUACAGGGUUUUACUGAAGGAAUUGAUCCGAAACAAAGCAAGGAAUGGUCAGAACUGCUGUUUGUUGGAGCAGGCCUAUGCAAUGGUGUCGUCCCUCUCCCAGCGCUCAGAGAACACACACCAUGUAUCUCUCAUAGAGAACUACCCCGCCAACCUGGAGGCGUUGGGAGAACCUAUUAGACAGGGGCCUUUCACUGUUUGGGAAGGAGCUCCUGGAAUUCGAUCAUCUGCCAGAGGUCACCACCGACACGUUUUCCUCUUCAAAAACCAUGUGGUCAUCUGCAAGCAGAAGAGAGACACAAAUAUGGACACCCAAACAUAUGUGUUCAAGAAUAUGAUGAAGCUCACAAACAUUGAUGUGAACGAGACCGUGGAGGGUGAUGAGAGAGCAUUUGAGAUCUGGCAUGAGCGUGAGGACUCUGUGAGAAAAUACACACUGCAGGCGCGGACUGUCAUCAUAAAGAACUCAUGGCUGCGUGACCUCCGUGACCUUCAGCAGCGUUAUAGCAUGCCAGCGUGGAGCCUUCCAGAUUUCGACUCGGUGUUGACAGACCUCACAGCAGAGCUCGGACAGACAGUAAAGCUCGCCUGCAAGGUCACUGGUGCCCCUAAACCACAGGUCACCUGGUACAAAGACGGGCGAGCUGUGGAAGCGGAUCCUCAUCACAUCAUCAUUGAGGACCCAGAUGGCUCUUGCACACUCAUAUUGGACAACAUGACAGCAGACGACUCUGGCCAGUACAUGUGCUUUGCCACCAGCUCUGCGGGCAACGCCAGCACACUAGGCAAAAUCACCGUGCAGGUACCUCCACGUUUUGUGAAUAAGAUCCGGAACGCCACACUCUUUCCAGGAGAAGAUGCUCAGUUCACCUGCACCAUUCAGAGCGCACCAAGUCCCAAGAUAAGAUGGUUUAAGGAUGGUAAACUACUGACAGACCAGGAGAAGUUUCAGACAUACAGUGAAUCACGCAGUGGAGUGUUGGUCCUAGUUAUCAAGAACCCUGGAGAAAGAGACCUCGGACACUAUGAGUGUGAGCUGUCGAACCGUCUGGGCAGUGCCAGGUGUGCGGCACAGCUCAUCACUCCUGCUGUGGCAAUGGCGGGAGAACGUCGAGCAGAUCAGGCCAUCACUAUAGAAGUAACGGAACAAGAGACGAAAAUACCGAAGAAAACCAUAAUUAUCGAGGAGACCAUCACCACAGUGGUGAAGAACACUCGUAUGAAACGCCACGCGUCCCCUCGACCAUCGCCCAUGGGCGCUUACCGCUCAGAGACGUCCACUCCCGAGCCACCCAGACAGAGACGAACCCUGGCCAGGAAGACCACUGUACCAACAGUGUAUGUUCAAGAGCCGGAGGGUGCCACGGCCAGGAACCCAAGAUGGGUGGAAGUGGAGGAAAUAAUCGAGUAUAAAGUGAACAAAUCACCCAAGUUACCAAGAAGAAGGGGCGUUUCCCCCAGCAAGUUGUCACCACCGGGCAAUCCAAACACUAAUAACUCCAACAACAAGUUAGUAGAGGAGCCAAUGGGUGCCGCAAUGGCUCUACAAGCCUCUUCUGGUACGGAUGAAGAGGAAAAUGUGCAGAACGUGUCUGAGGUUGACAAUAUGACAACAUACCCAAUCGUUACAGGAGAUAUUAGUGACUCGUGUGAAUUGGUUGACUCCGAUGGAGAUGAAGAAGGAACUGUUGUCUUGGAGCCCGAAGACGACGAACUUGGUGCCCGCGACUGCAAAAUACUGACCGAUGGGAAUCGAGUUCUUACUCUUGAAGACCUCGAGGACUACGUCCCUCAGGAAGGGGAGACUUUCGGCAGCCGUACAGACCAUCACGUCCCUAUUGAGAAGCCAAGUGAGAUCUCGGUGGUGCAGAGAGAAAUUAACGAGCCUGUCGUUGGCAAACCCAUUCUGCUGCACGUCGGACGUCCAGUGGCAUCCGCAAAGCCUCGCAUGGGUUUCUUUGGUUCGUUCAAGGAACAUAUUUCCAGCAUGUUCACUCCAGGUUCAUCAGCGAGCGGCAGCUCUCGGUCAAGGCGAGAGAAGACCAUACCUAUUCACGUGACACAAGAAACUUCAUCCAACUCUUCACGCCAUGCCAGGAGCUUUGCGAGGUUCGAAGUCCAGCCGACGUACUGCUCCGAGGUCCAGAGAGGAAAAGAAGGAGGUCUGCAAAGCUUCAAAACACAAGUGUCCGCACAAACCUGCAGCUACACACCAACCGAACAAGUCACUCUUCAGAUCAGCAAGAGGAAGCCAUUUGAAAAGCAGUAAUCCUCAGGAUAGUGUCUUUGAAGCUUGUUUCCGGCCUGCAAGUAGCCCUAGUCUUUAAUGGGAACACUUCUGUAAAAUCUAAUUCAGUCGCAAAGCUUCUGCUAACAGCAGAUCAUUCCAUGUUGAGGCAACACUUUUUGCAUAGGAUUCACUUGCCAAACUUGAUGCGUUUAUAUCUACCUAAUGAAGACUUUCUAAUUACUUGACUUCCCAUAAGCGCAAAAUCAAAUGUGCAUGGAACGGGAACGGCAAGUUCAACAAGAAUGUGCAAAUAUGGACAGUACAGCUGUCUUUUUGUCUAUAGGACAUACUAAAAAAUAUGUGUCUGUCAAGAAAUCCAAAUUUAACUCCUUUGGACUCCAACAAUAAGAUUGUGGAUGUCAUAUGGAAUUAAUGUACCUCAGCAAUACAUAUAUAGAGAAAAUAUUUGUGUGUUUUUCAACAUCUAAAAAGC